CUGGAGGUAGGGUGAGAUUUAUACUCGGUGAGCUUUACUCAGCCACAUCAGCAUGAAGAUAAUACUUAGAUAAGACAGCGUGCUGUCACUCGCACAGGUAUAAAAGACAGGCACAGGGUAAAGUUAGGUCGCCGUCAGAAUCACAGCAGUCUGUCAUCAUGACCUUCAACGGGACCUGGAAAGUCGACCGCAAUGAGAACUAUGAGAAGUUCAUGGAAGAAAUGGGCAUCAACAUGGUUAAAAGGAAACUAGCUUCUCAUGACAACCUGAAGAUCACCCUGGAGCAGACCGGAGACAAGUUCCAUGUGAAGGAAGUCAGCACUUUCCGCACACUGGAAAUUGACUUUACUCUGGGCGUCACCUUUGACUAUUCUCUGGCAGACGGCACUGAGCUCACAGGAUCCUGGGUCAUGGAGGGAGAUAUGCUUAAGGGGACUUUCACACGCAAGGACAACGGAAAGGUGCUAAUAACAACCAGGAAGAUUAUUGGUGAUGAACUUGUACAGAGCUAUUCCUAUGAAGGAGUCGAGGCCAAGAGGAUUUUCAAGAGGAGUUAAAUUGACAUCAGCAUUCCCAAAAUUUCAAAAUUACAAUUCUAGUGGGACGAUAUGAAACUUUUACAUGUUGUAACCAUGGAUGUUCAACCUGAAAAUAAAGGUUUUAACAAUUGGCAGCCCUAAAGUUACAAAGCAUGUAUGUAAAUCAUGUGUCAUUUGCACUGUGAGUUUUGAUAUUUGUGGUAAUAAAGCCAUUUUU